CAAAAAAUCCUCCUCUCUCGAAAGGAACGCUCUUGCUCACAUACACACGCACACAAACAGGCACUAGGGCUGCGGUUUGUGGAGACUUAUUGCUUGGUCCCCAAAGUCUACAAAAGAGACGAGAGAGCGAGAGAGCGCAUGUGUUGCUCUCUUGCUUGCGCCUUUGACUUUUUGAAUUUUUAAUUUCCUUUGCACGCGAUGGGGUCGGAAUGCGGGGGGCAGGGCGGCGAAACGGGGUUAAAAAGAAAAACGCGCUGGAAAAAAGCUAGGAAACCGCCAGCAACAGCAACAACCUUUUGGGUGUGCAACAGUUGAUGAUUUGUUGUUUCCCUUGCUUUUCCAUCCCAUUGUAGAAGUUGUUGUUGUAAGGGCAACAUUUUGGGUUGGGCCGCUUUAUUGAAACGAUGUGGGGUUGGGCCGCAGCUUUACUGGGGUUUUCCAGGCCACCGAAAUAUGGGAAAAGCGUGUGGAAGUGUGGAAACGACAGAGCCAGCAACGCAGGCGUGGCGGGACAUACAGUAGAUACUCUAAGAAAAAAAAUAGGAUAGAGUUUACGCAAACUCAUAUCUUAAUCAGCCUAGUAGCUUAGUGAGUGCAUGAAAUUGUUAGCAUUCUAAUGUUCAUUAAAAUUUCGAUAAACUUUUAGGAAAAAAACUUUUUAAGAAAUAAGAUGAAAAUCCUCGUAAAAAUAUUUGUACAAUCAAAUUUUCCUUUUUAAGGAUUUUUCACUGUACUAUUCGUUUUGAUGUGCAGGAGUGUCGUUCGUCUGAUGUUUUUUUGGGCAAGGGAUUACGUAAGCGGGCUGUAAAUUCUACAAGUGGAAUGGCAGUCUGGCUCAAAGCGGCUGGGGAUCCUAAACAGCGAGCUUUGAGCAAAGUUCCCUCGCUCUUUUUUUAUAAUUUGUUCAUGUGUUUUUUAUCCUACACACCUUGGUGGGUAUUUUGUUGUUGUUGUUGUCUAUUAUUAACUGGCUGAAGGCGUAACGGCAACAACAACAACAUCCCCCACACCCCUUUGCCCCUUGCAACGGAAACGAUCGUUUCGCCUAAUAGGCUCUCACACACUCACACAAGUACUGAGCUCCCCAACCCAGGUGAAAUAGCAACAAAUGCACACACACACACAGGCUAGACAACUACAACAAUAAGGUAGUCACUGAAUCGUAAAUUCCUGUUGCUGUUGCUCAGUCGACGUCGCAGUCGCAGUCGGCGUCGCUGCCGCUGUUGUUGUUUGCCUUGCCCUAUUGCGUGUUGUUGGUGGUGUGUUUUUAUAUUUUUUUCAGUCUGUUUAAUUUUUUUUUCACUUUUGAGUGGCUUUUGUGGAGCUUUGCCUGGGAUCGGAACUCUGACUCCGGCUCUCGGGGCUGUGGCCCGGUCUAUGGUCUAUGGUCCAGGUCUGCGGCUAUGGGUAUGUGGGUAUUCCGAUGGUUGCACGGAGAAAAAAAGAGGAUCAGAGAUCUAAGGGGCGAAUAAGGCAGGCUUUAGUUGGUAAGAUCCCCCAGAACAGAGCCCCCAGAUGCGAAAAUUGGAUGACAGAUGACUCUUUCUUUAAAAAUGAAUUUCUGAUUUCGAAAGAUACCAUAGUCACAGCAACUUAUUUCCUUUUUUUCGAGUGUAGUACUGCUAGUUCCUUCACCAUUGUUGUUGCCGUUCUACUUAGUAGUCGUCUAAUACGUAUAAACCGCUCUAUCUACGCUCCAUGACUUCCUCUCCCCACUCCUCGGAGAGGGGCAAGGGGGAGUUGCAGGCGGGGGACCGCUCUCCUGCUUGAAUUUUAUCAGCAAAAAGUUACAACAGUACGAUCCACCGGAGGCUUGCAUUUGUGUGCGAGAGCGGAGGUUGGACGUAUAAUCGGUGACAGGGCUCACAAAUUAACGAUGCUUCCUCUUCUUCUCCCACAGAGUACGAUGAUGAUGUUGAAAUUUCAAUUUCGGCUGGGAGUGAAAACGGAAUUUGUACAUCGACGGAGGAAGGCCCCAUCCCAGAGUGGCUGACAAACAAAAUAUAUCGACCUCUUCAAAUACUGGCUUUAUCGUCACAUCCAGGCCUAAGGUAUUGCAGUUAGGAGUGAGUCACUCAGGAGAAAAAGCUCUUCGGGCAAGUGCUUUCGGGGAAAGCGAUCGCAAAGGGCGUUGUCUGCGCCUGCUGAUGUCAUUGGGGAUAUGUGGGGAUAUCUGGAUAUCGGCAGACCCAGUCCGUGAUAUCGGUGUCGUUGUAUCCAUUACGAGUGAACAGUUACAUCCUCCGCACAAACCCCGAGAGAUACCAGACACCAACACCGCCAACAGCUGUCUAAAACAACCGUUCAUGGUCAUUGUGCCAUAAAUGGCAAACGAAACGAAAUUGAAAUUAAGCAAAUGAGUGGGAAACCAGACGCUGAAGCAGCCAAGGAGAAGAACACCGCAACAUCAGCAACAACAACAGCAGCAACAACAGCAGCAGCAGCAACAUCAGCCACAGCAGCAAUAGCAACAGCAGCAGAAGCAACAGCUUAGCUGCUGCGGAAAACAAGUUGGUGAGUCGGGCCCAAAGCCGAAUCAAAAUCCGAAUCCACUAGACGAAGGCGGAUGCGCACCUAGAAGCCAAAUGAGGAGCUCUAGCGGAUGCUGUGCCUCUUCAACUGGGCCAAAAUUAGAGCCACACUCAAAACAAAAACUUUCCAGUGUCAUGAAAAGUGGAUCGCGCUGAAACGCGUUUCGGGCCAAGUAGCGCAACAACCAAAAGUAAAUCCCGGAGGAGUUCACCAAGAUGAAGGCGGCCAGUCUGGAGGAUCAGUACGCCAGUUUUCCGGAGAUCAAGCGGUCGGAGGUGCGCAAGUUUCUGGACUGGAUCCACGCCCAGCCGCACAUCUCGGAGAGGUUUUCGGAGGGCGAGGCUCUGCACUUCUUCCACGCCUGCCGCUGCAGCAUGGAGGUGGCCAAGCAGGUCCUGGACACCAAUCUCACGGCCCGCACCCACCUGGAUGAGUUCUUCGUGAGCCUCGACUGCGAGCGACCCGAGAUCAGGCGCGCCAUGCGAACUGUGUCCAUUGUUCCUCUGCCAGGAGCCACUCACGAAGGAUAUCGGGUGAUCCUCGCUAAGCUGGAUGAUUUGAAUACCGCCAACUACAAUUUUGCAGAUGCUAUGAAACUAUAUUGCAUGGUAUUUGACUUCUGGAUGUAUGAGGACGGCAUUCAGCCAGGGCAUGUGAUCGUCAUCGACCUGCAAGGCACCUCCUUGGGGCAUGUGGCCCGCAUUGGACUGCUGCAAAUGAAGAAGUUUCUAUUCUACCUACAGGAAGCGGCUGCCAUCAGGCUGAUAGGCUUUCACUUCAUCAACAUUGUGCCCUUCAUGGACAAGAUUCUGGCACUGAUGACACCGUUUAUGAAAAAGGAGCUCUCCACUGUGCUGCACAUGCACAGCGACUUGAAUGAUUUCUAUAAGUUCGUCCCCAAAGAAAUGCUUCCCAAGGAAUACGGAGGUCGAGAAGAGGAAUCCAGCUUGGCCAAAGAGAUUUUCUACAAUAAAUUGCUAAACAGUCGAAAGGAAAUGCUUGAGUUCGAGAAGCGGCAUCAGGUCAACGAAAAACUGCGGCCCGGAAAAUCGAAAAAUGCAUCCGAUCUUUUUGGCAUUGAAGGAAACUUUAAGAAGUUGGAUAUUGACUGAGCCAAAGGAUCUUCUUCAUUGGCUUAAACAAAUGUUUUGUUUCACAGGUAUAAUGGAAAAAUUUUACGAAUACGACUUCGAAUGGGCUUUAAGCCAGAAUAUCAUAAUGUCUUAAAAGGAACUGCUUAAAAUAUCAGCCAAUUCUUCAAAAAAGUUGAUUUCAAAUGUUUUUUGUCGGGAUCGGGAAAACAGUGAUAAGGAUCAAGAUUUCAACGCGGACACCUUCUUAUGGAAUUCGUUGGCUCAUCAAAAUCGGUCAGUCGAGCCUACAGUUUUUGUGUGUAAUACAAUUUCGGUAGUUCUAGUUUAUUGUACAUAUAAUACAUAUAAAAUAAAUAACACAUACAUACAUAUAUAUCGCUAUAUUCCCUAGGUAUUAUAUUGUAAACGUAGCUUACGUAUUAUAGUUACAAAUAUAUAAAUAAAUGAAAUAAAUAAAUAAGCCAAACAUA